AUGGCUCGUACAAAGAAGACAGCCCUCAAAUCAACCAGUGGGAAAGCACCCUGGAAGCAACUGGCUACAAAAGCCGCUUGUAAGAGUGUGCCUUCUACUGGAGGGGGGAAGAAACCUCAUGGUUACAGGUCUGGUACUGUGGCACUUCGUGAAAUUAGACGUUAUCAGAAGUCCACCGGCCUUCUGAUUCAUAAACUACCCUUCCAGCUUCUGAUGCGAGAAAUAGCUCAAGACUUCAAAACAGAUCUGUGCUUCCAGGAGGCAAGUGAGGCCUAUCUGGUUGGCCUUUUUGAAGACACCAACUUGUGUGCUAUCCAUGCCAAACGUGUAACAAUUAUGCCAAAAGACGUCCAGCUAGUACGUCGCAUAUGUGGAGAAUCCACUAUAAUGAGAAACAUUUCAUUCUUAAAAAAAAAGAAAAAAAAAUUCUCUUCUUCCUGUUAUUGGUAG